CCAACACGUUUAUCCCAAAAAAAAAAAAAAAAAAAAACACACCAAGCAGCAACAGAUAACUUCGUGAAGACAUCGAGUACACGCACAACUUCAAGGCAACGCGGUGAAAGGCUAAGCAGAAACAUGUCGAACCAGAUGAUUGACUUGGAAGAAACAGCAACCCACACGGGGCCCAAGGGAGUCAUCAAUGACUGGAGGAGGUUCAAGUUGGAGAGUAUGGACCAGGAGAACCUGCCACCUGCCAAACGAGAACUUCUCAGACAAAUGUCAUCCCCUAAUAGGAAAAAGGACGACUCCAGGGCAAAUCUGAAUCGCAAGAUGAGCGUCCAGGAAUACGAGCUCCUUAAGGACGAAGAUGAAGGCUGUCUGAAGAAAUACCGAAAGCAAUGCAUGCAGGAAAUGCACGAUAAGCUCAGCUUUGGGCCAAAAUUCGAAGGCGUACACGACCUGGACAGCGGCGAGGCGUUCCUCGAAGUCAUCGAGAAGGAACACCACAGCACGGUGGUCGUGGUCCAUAUCUACAAGACGGGCGUGAAAGGCUGCGAAGAGCUCAACAACUGCCUGGACUGCCUGGCCACAGAGUACCCCACCGUGAAGUUCUGCAGGAUCGACGCCGUCGCCUCAGGUGCCGCUGAAAGGUUCUCGGAUGAGGUGUUGCCUACACUUUUGGUCUACAAGGCGGGAGAACUGCUCGGGAACUUCUUGGCCUGCACGAAGCACUUAAAUGAGGAGUUCUUUGCGACGGAUGUGGAGGCUUUUCUCAACAGUUAUGGUCUACUGCCUGAGAAGGAGAUGCCGGUGUUGGCCGAUGAAGAGGAGAACGACGUGGAGUAAAAAAAUGGCUGCCGUGGAAGAAAGAAGCUGCCGAGGGUUGGAUGUGGAGCUUUAUGAGUUCUAUCAGAUAAGAUCUAAUAACAUCUAGUGAAGGCCUCGCAAACAUGGCUGCUCUCAAAUAUGAUUUUGGUUAAUUAGAAUGAAGAGUUUUAAAAUACAAAUUGUCAAAAUAAAAGCCCAAACCAUCUAUAAUCAAUAAUGUAAGGUUUUGCUUUAUUAUUUUAGAACAAUUGACAUGUUAUGUAUAUUUAAUGGAUGUUAAUUUCAUGAAUAUUUAAAAAAAAAAUUAGCAUUCAACUGAAUAUUUACGUAUGUACAUAUACACUGUAUUCGUAUGAAUUUAGAUACUUGAGUUUGAUUCCAUAGUCCAUUAAAGGACGUUUUAUUUUUUUGGUCUUUCUUUGUAACUCAACUUUACCAAAGAAGAGUAGAUGUGGAAGAAGGUUGUAAACAUAUCUUAACAUACAGUGGAACCUCAGUUAGCGUGUUAGCUCAUUUUGCCUCGGUUAGCGUACAUUUUGUGGUUAGCGUACAAUAUGUCGUGCUUUUCGCCGUGUUAUUAAUAGUACACGACGGGAGUCCAAAUGUCUUCUGAAUGUAUUUUUAUCACAAAUGUUUUUGUUAGCGGGCGGCACGGCGGUCGAGUGGUUAGCGCCCAGACCUCACAGCUAAGAGACCAGGGUUCAAUUCCACCCUCGGCCAUCUCUGUGUGGAGUAACUAUUUUCAUAGUUAGUCAUAGAGAAAAGAAAACCUGUUUGCAGCCUUCUAAAUAAUAUAAUUAGAGCCCUCUAGACACAAAACAACACCCCUAUAGUCACGUUUACAGUCAUAUUACACAUUUGAAUAGACUUAUUAAGAGUAAAUAAGCCAUUUAUGACAUAAAACAGUAGUAGUGUUAUUAUUAUGAUUGUUUAUAUAUUAUGAUUAUUUUGAUCAUGUUAUGGGCGACACGGCGGUUUAGUGGUUAGCGCGCAGACCUUACCGCUAGGAGACCUGGGUUCAAUUCCACCCUCGGCCAUCUCUGUGUGGGGUUUGCAUGUUCUCCCCGUGCAUGCGUGGGUUUUCUCCGGGUACUCCGGUUUCCUCCCACAUUCCAAAAACAUGCUAGGUUAAUUAGCGACUCCAAAUUGUCCAUAGGUAUGAAUGUGAGUGUGAAUGGUUGUUUGUCUGUAUGUGCCCUGUGAUUGGCUAGCCACCAGUCCAGGGUGUACCCCGCCUUUCGCUCAAAAGACAGCUGGGAUAGGCUCCAGCACCCCCACGACAGUAUCACUCGGAUACUGUGAACAUCCAGCAGCAACACAACAUUUUGGCAUGACUACUAUUUUGAUGAAAAAUAUACUGAACCAGGGCUGCACAGAGGCCGGGUGGUUAGCACACAGGCUUCACAGCUAGGAGACCCAAGUUCAAUUCCAUCCUCGGCCAUCUCUGUGUGGAGUUUGCAUGUUCUCCCCGUGCAUGCGUGGGUUUUCUCCGGGUACUCCGGUUUCCUCCCACAUUCCAAAAACAUGCUAGGUUAAUUAGCGACUCCAAAUUGUCCAUAGGUAUGAAUGUGAGUGUGAAUGGUUGUUUGUCUAUAUGUGCCCUGUGAUUGGCUGGCCACCAGUCCAGGGUGUACCCUGCCUCUCGCCCGAAAAUGAAUGAAUGAAUGUUCUUGUUAGCAUAACUUGCUAACAAAAUGGCCACCGGAAGCAGAAGUCAGCUGUGUCGCCCGUCUAGAUAUCAUCUACGGUUGACUCUCCAAAACACAUUUUUAUAGUUUUACAAUUUGUUUUACUUGCAUAAAACUCUAAAAUUCGAAAUGCAUAAAAAUGAAAAGAAUAAAUAUAAAUAAAGAUUUAAAGUUACUUUAACCUUCACUGAAAACCUGAGUGUUCCCAAAGACAGUCACCACAAGGACACCAACUUCCUGUUAUUUGUUGUAUUCAAUAGUGUGCAACUUAGUUUAUCUACAUUUUGGGUUGAGGGAAUUGAGGCGAGAAACUUAAUACAUUGAAAAAAUGACUCAUGGCAAAACAAGCAUGUGGUGUCCAUGUGUUGUCUCGCUGUCACAUAGUGAUUUUGGGAACAGUCAUGUUAAGAAACACAUCUUUAAUGAAGAUAAAAGUAAAUUCCUUCAUCACUUAUAUUGCAUUUUAAUUGUUUUUUGCAUGUGCAACUAACUUUUGUGUCAUUUUUGGAUUUAUUGGAUUUACAGAAUUUUUUUAUGGGAAAAAAAAAUGUUUUGGUGAGCAUCCAUUUCUGUUAAAGUCACUUAUUCUGGAACAAAUUAGACACUAACUAAGGUUCCACUGUAUACCUGAUCAGAUAGUGCCAUCUACGAAAUCCAUUCCAGUAUUUUGUGUAUACAGAAUUUAGUAAAAAAAAAAUUUUUUUAAAUGUAUCUCAGCAGACUGUAAUCACCAUACGUCGUUUUCCUAAUAAUUACAUACAGUAUUUAUGUUAAUUGUACAUAAUUUAAUGAAUAAAACAUGAAAAUUCCA